AUGUUAUCACUCAAACUAUUUAUUUUAAUAUGUUUAAUACUUUUGGGAAGCUCGACCGUUCUUGGCAAUUGUGGCGGGACACUUACGAUACCGAAAAGCGUCCCAAAUAAUACUUCUGCCAUUGUGUCAGUAACUGACCAAAGACUAGCACGUUGUCAGUGUAAUACGCAAUAUUAUCAAAAUCUUACAAGAUGCUUAGAUUGUUAUCGUGUUAAUAACAUUGGGAACAUUUCUGUCGCUAACGUGAAUGAUUAUAAAUCUGCAUGUACUUCAUUGGGUGUUCCGUUCACUGAUUCUAGUGCUGUACAACCAGAUCCAACUGCAGGUGCUGCGAAAAGAGUUCUUAUCGGUGUGAUUGUAGGUUUGGUUGGUUUGAUGCUAAUAGGUGUGGGUGGUUGGUUAUAUUGGCGUAAAAGCAAGAGUCACCCGAAAUUAGAUAGUGAACCUCCUCCUGAUCUGGAUCAUCAUCAAUAUGACCCUCCUGCGCCUAUUUCUCCGACUGAUGCAAAUACCGAAGUAGUUCAACCUACUUUGCCCACUAUACCUCCAUAUGGUAGUAGUCAACCUGAACAAUACUUUGGUGGUGGUGUACCCCCUUCUCCUCCCCCUGAUCGAUACGGUCAAUACGGCCAAUACUAUUCAAAUCAACCAUCUCCUCCACCAGGACAACAAGGCUUAUAUGGAGGCGCUCCUCCAGGAACUUCUUCUCCUCCACAAAGUCAACAUCCAUCAUAUUAUAGUGUUAGUAGUUCUCAACCAAUCUUAUCUCCAUCUUCGGGUGAUGAUGCGACAGGUCGUUACUCACAACAAUAUUCUUCUGGACAAUUUGGUGGAAUACCUGAACAGGAACAAACUAGUAUGCCAUUACCACUACCAACUCCAGUUGGUUAUCAACAACAUGGUUAUCCAAUUCAAUAUCAGCAAGGUUAUCCACCAUCUCAACAAGGUUAUCCUUCACAAGGUUUUCCUCCACAUGGACAUGGUUAUCCUCCACAAGGUUAUCCAUCACAAGGUUAUCCAUCACAAGGUUAUCCGCCACAAGGUUACCCACAAGGUUAUCCUCCACAAGGUAACCCUCAAGGUUACCCAUUACAACGUGAUUCACAAGGUUACCCUCUACAACGUGAUUCACAAAAUUACCCUCCUUCACAAGGUGAUUCACAAGGUCAAAACCCUUCUGGCAAUUAA